AUGAAUACUGUGUAUAAUUACAGUGAAUGCUCGUUUUCAAAUGUAGAGGACACAAAAACAAAUGCAAAUGCAAGCACAAUUACAAAUACAUACACAAAAACAAAUACAAACAUAAGCUCUAAUACAAGCACUAACACAAAUAUAGGCAAUAAUACAAAUACUACUAUAAACACAAAUCCAAAUAACUACAGCGCUGUUAGUUCCUCUUCAGGUUAUGAUAACUAUUUUGAAGGCAUCGAAAAACGAACUGAUUCUAUAAACAUCACCAAUGAGAGUUAUAUGUACUGGUCAAGUCUGAACAGCGCGGAAAAUAAUCCUGUACAGAACAGUACUGCACAGAGUAGUACUGCACAGAGUAGUACUGCACAGAGUAGUACUGCACAGAGCAAUACUGUACAGAGCAAUACUGUACAGAGUAAGGCAAAAGGAAAUUAUGAAGAUAUCAAUAAUCAUAAAGUGAACAUAAUGUUGAACUAUAACAAUAAUAAUAUUAGAAACAAUAAAGAGUUAGCAAUAAAUGUAAAAGACAGUAUCGCACCGAAUGACUCGCAUCAUAUUAGUAGCGGUAACAGUAAUGGUAAUGCUAAUGGCUGUGGCAAUGAUUGUGAUAGUUCCGAUGCGCCGAACUGCCUACAGCUGUACAACAACAUAGAUAUGAGCUUUAUUUAUAACAAGUACGAUAAGAAUGGUCUGAUAUACUGCAAAAGGAUUAAGUUCCACUUGAAGGAUGAACGAAAUAAUGACUAUGUGGUUGAUUAUUUAAUUGUAAAACUAAACACACUAAAAACUGGGUCAGGAAAACAAUACAUGCGUUUAGAAUUAUCUGAUGAUAAGAAUGAAUCAUUUUUUUAUUAUUUAGAUUUAUUUGAAGAAAAUUAUGAAAAGAUAAAAAAAGAGCAAAAGUUAGUUAUCAAUUUUAAUUUAUUCCCCUUUAAGUUUAUUGACUUGUUGGAGGAAUGUGUACUUGAGAGUGAGCAAUAUGAAGAUGUAGAUGAUCAGAGAUUAAAUGCGGUGUUGGUAUUGGAAAGUAAGUCUACUCCAGAAACUAAUAACUACGGUACAAAUAACGAUUCAGAUAAGUUUUAUCCCAGCUACGGGAAUAGUGGUAGUAACUAUAGAACAGAUAGGCAAGCCAAACAAGAUUGGCAAACGAGACAGGACGAGAAGCGGAAUGGGCAUCCCGAAAAUGCAACCCUUAACCUAGUAGAAAUAAAUCAGUUUAAGGAACUUACUCAUCUUUCUUUAAUAUUAAAAAGAGCGGACGACGAGAAUGUGAUAAAGUAUUUGUGCAAUAACAUGAAAUAUAUAAAAGAAUACAAUGACGAAGUAAUAAAAAAGCUAAAUGAUGAAAUAAUUAAUAACAGUAAUAAUAAUAAACAAAUAAAAGCACUUGAAAAUACUAUAGGAAAUAUGAAAGACAAAAUGAAGGCUCUAAAAUGCGAUUUUAGUAAUACGUUAAAUAAUGAUAUAAACAAUUUAAAAGAAGAACAUCAGAAAGUUAUAGAACGAAAGGAAGAGAAAUUUAAUUUAGAAUAUGAAGAAUUAAAGAAAGAUUUAGAAAAUUUUAAAAAUAAAUAUAAUGAAUUAAAUACGCUAAAAGAAGAGCAUGAAAAACAUAUAUCCACCUUAAAUAGUAAAAUGAAAUUGGUAAAAAAUGAAUUAGAUGAAAAAAACAUAAAUUUUUUUAAACUAAUAAAGGAAAAAGAAAAUUUAGAAAAUGAAAAAAAGGAGUUAGAAAAUUUUAAAACUACAUUUACUAUAGAAUACAAUAAUUUAAAAAGUAAAUAUGAAAAAGAAUGUGAAAGUAAUAUUUCUCAAAAUUCUAGUUAUGAAAGCAUAAAAAUGAGUAAUACUACACUUGAAACGGAAUUAAAAAAAUAUAAAGAUAGAAAUAGUAAAUUGGAAAAAGAAAUUAAUAUUGCUAUUGAUGAAAUAAACAAAGGUAAUGAUAUUAUUACCAAGUUACAAACUCAACUCAAAAAAAUGAAAGACAAACUAAAAACAAAAACUAUCGAACAUGUCAACAUUGAAAAGGUCAGUUCACAAAAUGUAAAUGAAAUAACCAAACUGCAAAAAGAACUCAAUAGUUUGCAAACAAAACUCAGUGAAAAGAAUUCAGCCGAGCAAGUUCUCAGAAGAGAAAUUGACAAUUUGCAGCGAAGGAAUGAGGAAAUCGUCAAGGAGCUCAACAUAUCCCGAGAGGUCAACCUGAGGCUUAACAAAGAAAUUACAAACAACAACUUGGAUGUAUAUACUGCUAAAAUGAAUAACAUGGGAGGACCCCCCAAUGUUUUACCAGGAACGAAUUUUCGCGUUGACACGAACUUACUCGAUACAGAUCUCUUUACCAAAUUAAAAGCAAAUUUGAAAAACUCUUCUCCUCCGAAUUGUAUGCCUGCAUAUGCAAUGGACAACAAUAUGAACAAUUUAAAUCUAAUAAAUGGAAAAAUAGACACACUUGAUAUCAGUGAUCGGUACAACAAGCCCGUGAAAUUUAUCCCCCCUGGGAUUUAG